GCGCCGGCGGCUGGCGCAGCCCUUCGCUCGCCCGGCCUCCCCCUCCCCGGUUCCGCGCUCUGGUUCCGCCAUGGAAUCCAACAAGGAUGAAGCCGAGCGCUGUAUUAGCAUCGCCCUCAAGGCUAUCCAGAGCAACCAGCCCGACCGGGCGCUCCGCUUCCUGGAGAAGGCACAGCGGCUGUACCCGACGCCGCGCGUUCGCGCCCUGAUCGAGUCCCUCAACCAGAAACCACAGUCUGCCGGUGACCAGCCCCCACCCACAGACACGACCCACGCGACCCACAGGAAAGCGAGUGGGUCCGACGCCCCCUCGGCCAACGGGGAAGCUGGAGGAGGAGGCGAGCCCACCAAGGGCUACACGGCGGACCAGGUGGCAGCUGUGAAGAGGGUCAAGCAGUGUAAAGACUACUAUGAGAUCCUGGGCGUGAGCAGAGGGGCCUCGGAGGAGGACCUGAAGAAGGCCUACCGCAAACUGGCCCUCAAGUUCCACCCAGACAAGAACCAUGCACCUGGCGCCACCGAAGCUUUCAAAGCCAUUGGCACAGCAUAUGCAGUCCUUAGCAACCCAGAGAAAAGGAAGCAGUAUGACCAGUUUGGUGAUGACAAGAGCCAGGCGGCCCGCCACGGCCAUGGGCACGGGGACUUCCACCGUGGCUUCGAGGCUGACAUCUCCCCGGAAGACCUCUUCAACAUGUUCUUUGGCGGUGGCUUCCCAUCCAGUAACGUCCACGUCUACAGCAACGGCCGGAUGCGCUAUAACUACCAGCAGAGGCAGGACCGCAGGGAGAACCAGGGUGACGGCGGACUGGGGGUAUUUGUCCAGCUGAUGCCCAUCCUCAUCCUCAUCCUCGUGUCGGCUCUCAGCCAGCUCAUGGUCUCCAGCCCACCCUACAGUCUGAGCCCAAGGCCGUCGGUGGGCCACGUUCACAGGCGCGUCACUGACCACCUGAACGUCGUCUACUACGUGGCGGACACCUUCUCUGAGGAGUACACAGGCUCCAGCCUGAAGACGGUGGAGCGGAACGUGGAGGACGAUUACAUCGCCAACCUCCGAAACAACUGCUGGAAGGAGAAGCAGCAAAAGGAAGGCUUGUUGUACCGGGCCCGCUACUUCGGCGACACCGAUAUGUACCACAAAGCACAGAGGAUGAGCACCCCAAGCUGUAACCGCCUGUCAGAGGUGCAGGCCUCCCUGCAUGGAUAGUCCUGGGCCAGCCACACGACCGAGGUCCAAACCAUGAAAUCCCUGGAGAAUUUUUGGUGACAUGCACUGAGCCAAGGUGAUGAACUGUAUAUUUAAGGAAAGACAUAAAAAAGGAAAAAAAAAACAUUAACAUGGAUUGGAGGCCGAACGCCACAAACUGUCCUCUCUCACCCAGUCACUGCAGAAAGCUCAGGACAGCCAGGACACCUGCACGGGCUGCUUCCCUUCCUCCAGGCCGGCCGCGCGCGGGCUCCACAUCCCUCUCUCCUAGGAUACAGAAACCAUGGCAACAGAAGCAGAAUGUAAAACUUAGCAAAUGUCUCUGGGAAGGGCUGGGGGAGGGGACCCCACUGCCUCUCCCCCUCCCAGGAGCCACCACCAGUCCCCUCAGUGGAAUCCAGUCAGAGGCGUAGGCCAAGGAUAGAGAGGAGGAGGAGGAAAGAGACUUUCCAGAAAUGUAAUUUAUAGAUGCGCGUAUAUGUAUAUAUAUCUAUUUAUAUGUAAAUAGCACAUAUAAAGAUAUAUAUAGAUAUAUAGUCUACUUUUUAAACUGCAGGGAUUUGGUGAAUUAUUUAGCUGAUUUCUUCCCUGAUUUAGAAAACGGACUGUUUGGGGGAGGCAGCCUGGUCCUUCACAGGCUAGACCUUAGCCGUAGCUGACGGCGGAAGGAAAGUCGGUCAGAGCUUCUAACAUUCCCCUCAACCCCAGCCUGGCUUGGAUGGCAGCAGCAAUCAUGGUCGUGUGAAUCUUAGGACACUGCUGAAGAUUGCCAGGUUUACGGUUCAGCUGGAGGGGAGAAAGUGCCCUUAGGGCCAGGUACCAGGCCAGUGCUGGUCCUGGGAGAGGCCCCAGAUGGCCCUCUGGGGUGAGACCACCCACCUCAAGCUCUGGCCAGCUCGAUGGGCUCUGUCCUGAUGCCCAGGCGCCCCCUGACCCCCUGACACCCAGAAGAGCAAGGCGGGAAGAGGGACCAGGUUCUGCCUAGCCACGCCCCCCCCCCUCCCCCGUCCCUGAGUGAGUCUUGCCUUAUAGGUGCCACAGGGCACAGCUCCGUGUUGCCACUGGUUUUUCCUGAGUCGCGCGCCAAGGACUCCAGAAGGCUCUUUCUCCAAGAGCCAGCCAGCUGGUCCAGGCCCCCCAGGCGGCAGCUGACUCCUGAAAGCCAGCGCCUGUGGCCCCUCUGUCUCUGCCUCCAUGGACAUGAAGCCACCCAGCCUUCUCCUGCACUUGGGACAAAGGACGCAUCCGAACAGAAGGGUUUCUCAUCCUCACCUUCAAAUGAGGAUUUUUUUUUCUCCAAACAGCAGUUGCUGCCAGGGAGGGGGAGGGAGGUUGUAUUUAUCCCCGCAGUGUCGACUGGGUCUUUUGGACUUGCCAUCGUCCUCCCGAAUGGUCCUCUGGCGCUAGGUGUACCCUCCAUCGAGCCUGCCACCUCCCAAAGCCUUACUCCCCCACCGGCCAGCGAGGAGGGCUCCCCCCUCCCGGAGUCCCCCUGGCUCUUUUUUUAAAGCCCCCACCAGACAGGGUUCUUUCUGGGAAAGGACGCUUGGUGAAGGAACGCCAGGUCUGGUUUCUGAACAAGAUCCUGCCCUGUGAUGGCACAGCCACCGGCCCCGAGAGAUGUUAAGAGCAGGACGUGGGCAGGAGUGCCCGUCACGCAACCCUGGUGCUCCGGCCCACCGCCCGACGGCUGGCCUUGGUAGCUGUCCCCAGAUGGGCUGAGCCAUGUGCAAUAAGAACAGAGAUCCUAAAGGAUCCCCCGAGAAGCUAUGUACUUCUUGAAUUAGAAUUCUGAAAUUGUACAUCUAUAAAUAAGUUUAUUAUGUGA